GUCUCCCAAUUUCAUUCCUCACUCUCUCUCUCUGGAGCGUUCUCUAUUUUAUUUAAGUGAGCUUCUCUAGACCGCCAUCGCCGGAAAAAUCAUAAUCCGAUUAACAUUUAGACCAAAAAAAAAAAUCAUAAUCCGACUACCUGAGCUCAGGUUCGGCUAAAUUAUGGAUUGCUCUUCUUCGAUGCAUCCAAAUGCAAACAAAGAAAACGUCUCUACUUCAGAUGUUCAGGGGAGUUUUGGCCGCAUUACAAGAUCACGAGCUAAAAAGGCCUUGGGAGGAGGAGUAUCUAUCCCUCCAACAAAACCUUCUUUUAAACAGCAAAAGAAGCGUUCAGUACUUCAGGAUGUGAGUAAUACCUCCGCAGGAAAUAUAUAUUCUGACCUCCUAGGUGGAGGGAACAUCAAGGUUACCAGAAAGAGUCUAAAACAGUGUACAAAGGCAGCAAAGGAAGGUGCUGAUGUUGCCAUGGAAAUUCUGGAUGAUAUGCAUACAGAAAAAUCAAAACUAGCAGAAGAUCUGUCCAAGUUCAGGAUGGUGGAAUCCCAAAAUGCUUCUCUUUCUAUCUCUAAAGACGAACAAAUUACUGAGCAACAAGAAGACGGAUCUGGUGUAAUGGAUUUUCGUCAAGUUGUAGAUAUCGAUUCCAACUAUGAAGAUCCUCAGUGUUGCAGCUUGUAUGCUGCUGAUAUAUACGACAACAUACAUGUUGCAGAGCUUCAACCACGACCCUUGGCUAAUUAUAUGGAGCUUGUGCAGCGAGAUAUUGACCCAGCCAUGAGAAGGAUUCUGAUUGACUGGCUUGUAGAGGUUUCUGAAGACUACAAGCUGGUUCCAGAUACGCUUUACCUUACAGUUAAUCUUAUUGAUCGGUUUCUGUCCAACAGUUGCAUUGAAAGGCAUAGACUCCAGCUCCUUGGUGUCGCUUGCAUGCUUAUAGCUGCAAAAUACGAAGAGGUUUGCGCACCACCGGUGGAGGAGUUUUGCUUCAUUACGGCCAACACAUAUACGAGACCAGAAGUGCUGAGCAUGGAGAUUCAAGUUCUGAAUUAUGUGCACUUUAAAUUAUCGGUUCCGACCACCAAAACCUUUCUGAGGCGGUUCAUUAGAGCAGCUCAAGCUUCUUACAAGUCGCCUCUCAUCGAAAUGGAGUUUUUAGCAAACUAUCUCGCUGAGCUGACACUUGUGGAAUAUACUUUCCUAAAGUUCCUGCCAUCACUAGUUGCUGCUUCAGCUGUUUUCCUAGCCAGAUGGACACUCGACCAAACUGAAGAUCCUUGGAACUCUACUCUGCAGCACUACACAAGAUAUGAGGUAGCCGAUCUGAAAACCGCAGUACUCGCAAUGGAGGAUUUGCAGCUCAACACCAAUGGCUGUACCCUCAUUACCACCCGUGCAAAAUACAACCAACCAAAGUUUAAGAGCGUGGCAAAGCUGGCAUCUCCCAAACGAGUCUCACCGCUUUUCUCAUGAUGAAACUGAAGCACUGCGUUCUUCUUAUUAAACCAUCAGAAACCAAAGCAAUAACCAAGCCCGGUGGUGAUCAAUUCCUAGUUUCAGACAUUGGAUUUAAAUGGUCUCUCCCUUUCACCAUUCAUUUCCCAGUGUUUGUUUCUGCUCAAGUUUUGUCUCUCUGUUUUUCUGUAGCUAUCGUGUGGCACUAGUUAAGGAAUUUUGUUAUUUCAUUUCUACAUCUGUUCACCACCUUGCAAUAUUUGUACUUAAAAGCUCUUGUAAAACGAAUAGAGACAAAAGUAAAAAUAAUAUAUGAUUCAUGUCUCAUGGCUA